CUUGAUCAGCCCCAUCUGUACAGAGAGCUGAGCGGCCCCCACUCCGCACACACAGAGACGAUGAGAUUUGGGGAGAGCAAUCACAGGAGCCAUGUUUCUUUCCUCCCCUCCGCUCUGGAAAGUUUGUCCAGCCGAUCGAUGGCUGCUCUGCCUGGGACUCGAGCCGGACUCCGCAAGGCUGGGCCAACAAGGCGGCAAGAUCGAGCACAACACACCGCUUACCUGAUCGGCGGCGCCCGGUAUAGCUGAGGGGGGAGGAAUUGCUGGUGUGGCUGUAUGUGUAGUGCGAGAGCCAAGCAAAUCGAA